CCCCCCCGUCUCUUUCUCCAGGUCCCGGGUCGAGUCCCGAGCAUGAUGCCCGUCUGAAGAGCUCUCCUCCUCCCAGGUUCCCCCGAGCCUCCCGCGCUUCUGCCGGCCGCCAUGCCUCUGGACGGGGACGGCGAUGGAGACAAGAGGAAGAUCUUCAUUUCGGCCACGGCCGCCAACUACUUCGGUCUGUCGUCGUCCGCCAGCCUCGCUCCGCUCUCGGGCGGCCCCGAGCUGGCCAACUUCUUGGACGACGGCAACGAGUUCCUGCUGUGCGUGCAGCACUCGGAGGACCACCAGAUCAUGGUCUCCAACAGGGUUGAAGCUGGCAGUUCAGAAGACAGAAUGCUGGUAUUUUUCAAACUACGACCAGAUAUAAUCACAGAAGAGAACCUUCAUAGCAAUAUUCUUGUAUCAUCUAUGCUAGAUUCUCCUAUAAAUAUGCUUUAUCAGGCAGUACGGCAGGUAUUUGCACCAGUAUUGUUGAGGGAUGAGAAAUGGAGUAGAGAAUUUGAUCCCAAGCUUCAGAAUCUUUUACGAGAGUUAGAGGCUGGUUUAGGUUCUGUUCUGAGGAGAACAGAUCCUGCUUAUGCAGGAGCCAAAUACCGGGAAGAUGAUGUUCAAGCAAUACUUUGUCCAAAUGACGAGUUUCAGUUCUGGACAGAGCGUGCUCAACGUGGAAGCAAGUCAUCUAGCAAGGAGAGAGCCUCACAUUUUAAAGAAUUAUUUGAAGCCAUUGCAUAUGAUUAUUACAAUUUGGACAGCUUAUCUUUAUUUGAAGUUGUGGAUUUAGUCGAGACUACACGGGAUACUGUAGAUGAUGUAUGGAGACAGCCGGAACAUGAACCUUUUCCUCAGCCACGCAUGCAAAAUCUUUUGGAUGUCAUAGCUGGCUCUCUUGGAAGAUUUGUUCAGAAGAAACUAGGAACGUUAAAUCUAUGGGAAGAUUCCUUCCACAUUGUGAAAGAAAAUCUAAAGGCUGGCAUCAUGAUUUGUGAACAAUGGGUAGCAGCCUGUGAUCACCUUACUGGGCAGCUUUGGCAGCGUUAUACCCCACAUGUAUGGCAAGAUGAGAAAUACGUUCCUGAAAUGCUAGGGAAGCUUGGUAAACGACUUGAAGAGGUGCUAACUAUUAGAACACUUCAUGAGAAACUUACAUAUUUUUUGCCAACUGGUGAACAGCAAGCACUGCACCUUGCCCAGGUCUUUGAGCCCUUUGCUGGUUUGAAUCCUGUGCACUAUAAUCCUUAUACAGAGCCUUUAUGGAAAGCAGCAGUAUGCCAAUAUGAAAGAAUUAUUUCUCCUGCAGAACAAAAAAUAGCAAGCAAAUUGAAAACAUUUAUUUCAGAAAUUCAAGACAGUCCACAACAGCUUCUUCAAGCAUUUCAGAAAUACAAGGAGUUAGUAAGACGCCCAAGCAUAAGCAAAGAACUGAUUUUAGAAAGAGAAACUUUGUUGGCGAAACUACAGGACUCGGUCAAAGAUUAUCAAACAGAUUUUGAGGCACGAUGCCAUGGUACUCCUGGUGAAGCAUCAGGACCACUUGCUGGCAAAAAUCUUUCUGAAGUUGUGAAUAAUAUUGUUUGGGUGCGCCAGCUAGAAUUAAAGGUAGAUGAUGCCAUUAAGAUCGCAGAGGCCCUUCUUUCAGACCUGUCUGGAUUUCACAAUUUCCGACGAACUGCAGAUGAUCUUCUAGAACAUUUUAAAGUAUACGAACAGGAACAAUUUGACUAUUGGUCCAGGGACAUUCAGGCAGGGUUGUCAAACCCCAAGUCUGGUCUUUGCUUACAGGCCAGCAGUCCUGUUAUGGAACUUGAUCACUCUGAUGGAGCAUUAAAAAUACAUUAUUCGGAUCGCUUGGUGGUGCUCCUAAGAGAAGUGCGUCAACUGUCUGCACUUGGCUUUGUUAUUCCUGCCAAAAUACAGCAAACUUCAAGCACAGCACAAAAAUUCUGCAAACAAGCAGUUAUUCUCAAGCAGGUGGCACAUUUUUACAACAGUAUUGAUCAGCAGAUGAUUCCAAGUCAGAAGCCAAUGAUGCUACAGUCUGCUUUAGCAUUUGAACAGAUAAUUAAACAUUCGAAAGCAGAGGGACAGAUAACAUGGGAUAAUCCUAAAGAGCUCGAAGCAUAUAUCAAGAAACUCCAAAUUGCAGCAGAACGACUUGCUACUGAAAACAGAAAAUUAAGGAAGUGGCAUACUAAUUUCACAGAAAAGGUUGUUGGCCUCAUGAACAUAGAUCUGCUUCGGCAACAGCAGCGCUGGAAAGAUGGCUUGCAGGAACUCCGAGGGGUGUUUUCCAACCUUGAGUCACAGGGUUUCCUUGCACGUGACAUGAAAGCAUGGAGGCUGCACUGGAACCAUCAAUUGUAUAAAGCUCUGGAGCAUCAGUAUCAAAUGGGCUUGGAAGCACUCAAUGAAAAUUUACCAGAAAUAAACAUUGAUCUAACUUACAAACAAGGAAGAAUACAGUUUAAACCACCUUUUGAAGAAGUACGAGCAAGAUAUUAUAGAGAAAUGAAGAGAUUCAUAUCUAUUCCAAACCAAUUUAGGGGCGUGAGUGAAACUGAUGAGGAGUGCAUUUUUUCUGUCAUGACUGAAAGAAACGCAAGUGGAUUUCUCACCACUUUCAGUAAAGCGGAAGACUUGUUCCGAAGAUUGGCAGAAGUUGCGGACCAAUUUAAGGAGUGGGUUAUAAUUGGACAAGUCGAUAUGGAAGCUCUGGUGGAGAAUCAUCUUUUCAAUGAACAGGACUGGGAAAAAAAUUUCAAAGCCCUAAAAGUGCGAGGAAAAGAAGUGGAGCGCCUUCCAAGCACUGUGAAGGUUGAUUGCAUAAUAGUGAAUUGCAACCCUGUGAAGUCUAUGAUUGAUGAUCUUAUCCAGAAGUUGUAUGAUGUUCUCGUGAUGUCUUUGAGAAAGUCCAUACAAGGUCAUCUACAUGAUAUUUCUUCAUUUCUCAAUGAUGCCAUGAAAACCUUGAUAGCAAGGCCCCAAACUGUAGAUGAAAUAACAGAAGAUAAUUUAAAAUAUAAAAACCUAAAAGACAAAAAAGAAGAGAUCUUCCAUCUCUUUCAAGAAGCAGAAGGUAAAAACAAACUUCUGCGAACUGUGGCUGGUGGGGGCAUUGAAACAAUUGGCAACCUGAGAGCUACGUGGGAUAAAUUUGAAUUAAUGAUGGAAAGUCAUCAGCUUAUGAUAAGAGAGCAGAUUGAAGUGAUGAAAAGUAAUGUGAUGUCACGUAUUCAUACAUACUUUCAAGAGCUGGAGAAGUUUAAAGCUCGCUGGGACCAGUUAAAACCCAAGGAUGAUGUAAUUGAAACAGGUCAUCAUGAUUUGCUGCAGAAGAGUGCUGAGAACAUAAAGGAAAAGAAAAUUGAGUUUGAUGAACUUGAGAACACAAAACAAAAGUUAAUCAAUGACUGCUGUCACUUUGAGUUAGAAGAGCCUGAUUUCUCUUUAGCCAAUGAAAUACGCAGAGACAUUGAGAGCUGUGCAGAAAUUUGGGCAUUAUAUGAACAAUUCCAAGAAGGUUUUCAAGAAAAAGCCAAUGAAGACUGGAUUACAUUCAGAAGCAAGACCUACUUGUUUGAAGAAUUCUUACUGAACUGGCAUGACAAACUGAGAAAGAUUGAGGAACACACUAUAAUGACUGUGAAGUUGCAGAAAGAAGUUGACACAUACAAAAUGACACUUCCUGUCUUGAAAUACGUUAGAGGAGAACAUCUGUCGCCAGAUCAUUGGCUGGACCUCUUUCGUAUUCUUGGUCUUCCCAAGGGUACUAGUCUAGAGAACUUGGUGUUUGGAGACCUUCUAAAAGUGGCUGAUGUCAUCGUGGAAAAAGCAGCAGAACUGAAGGAUUUGAACAGUCGGGCUCAUGGCGAAGUCACAAUCCGAGAAGCCCUGCGUGAGCUCGAGCUGUGGGGAAUUGGAGCUGUCUUUUCAUUGACAGAUUAUGAAGACAGCCAGAGCCGGAUGAUUAAAUUGAUUAAGGACUGGAAAGACAUUGUCAACCAGGUUGGUGACAAUCGUUGCCUCCUCCAGUCACUCAAGGACUCUCCAUAUUACAAAGGUUUUCAAGAUAAAGUUUUUGUUUGGGAGAAGAAACUUGCUGAGCUGGAUGAGUAUCUUCAAAAUUUAAAUCAAAUUCAGAGGAAGUGGGUCUAUCUGGAACCCAUUUUUGGGCGUGGAGCUUUACCUCGUGAGCAAGCCCGCUUCAACAGAGUCGAUGAAGACUUCAGAUCAAUAUUGUUAGAUAUCAAGCUUGACAACCGCAUAACAUCCUUGACUGCUCGAGCAGGAAUAAGAAACGCCUUGAUCACUAUUCUUGACCAGCUUCAGAGAUGUCAGAAAUCCUUAAAUGAAUUCUUGGAGGAAAAGCGCUCUGCAUUUCCUAGAUUCUAUUUUAUUGGGGACGAUGAUCUUCUAGAAAUCUUGGGACAGUCUACCAAUCCUUUAGUUAUUCAGUCUCACCUGAAGAAGCUUUUUGCUGGAAUUCACAGUGUGAGCUUUGAUGAGGACUUUAAAAACAUUCUUGCAAUGAAAUCUUUAGAAGGCGAAGUUGUACCUUUAAAACAUAAAAUCCUCCUAUCAAAUGAUGUUGAGGUUUGGCUAAACAAGCUUUCUUCGGUGAUGAAAGAAACACUGAAACAAUUACUGUGUGACUGCGUAACUGCUGGGAAAAGAACUCAGGGUUCAAUUGAUCCAUCACUUUUCCCCUCACAGAUUAUUUGUUUAGCUGAACAAAUUCAGUUCACAGAAGAUGUUGAAUGUGCAAUCAAAGAAGGUAAUUUGCAACAGUUAGAAUUAGAACUGAUGGCUAAAUUGGAGCAUUACACCAGCAUAGACACUAAUACAGAAGAUUCAGGCAAUACAGAAUCUGGGAUCCUUGAGCUGAAGCUUAAAGCUCUUAUACUUGAUGUUAUUCAUAACAUUGAUACUGUGCGGCAGCUAAAUGAAGCCCAGGUGCAGAGCAAUGAUGACUGGGCCUGGAAGAAGCAACUCAGGUUUUAUCUAAAGAAUCAAAGAUGCUACAUUCAAAUGGUGGAUGCUGAACUCGAGUACACUUAUGAGUAUCAGGGUAAUUUGCCAAAGCUUGUUUACACGCCAUUAACUGAUAAGUGUUACCUCACACUUACCCAAGCUAUGAAGAUGGGCCUUGGAGGGAAUCCUUAUGGUCCAGCAGGAACUGGCAAGACAGAAUCUGUAAAGGCUCUGGGAGGACUGCUUGGAAGACAAGUUUUAGUUUUUAAUUGUGAUGAGGGCAUUGAUGUGAAAUCGAUGGGGCGAAUAUUUGUUGGUUUAGUGAAAUGUGGAGCCUGGGGCUGUUUUGAUGAGUUCAACCGGCUGGAGGAAGCUGUUCUGUCUGCUGUAUCUAUGCAGAUCCAGACAAUUCAACAUGCUUUAAAGAAACACCAACCUGUGUGUGAGUUACUUGGAAAGGAGGUUGAAAUGGAUCACAACUCUGGAAUUUUUAUCACAAUGAAUCCUGCUGGAAAGGGCUAUGGAGGCAGACAAAAAUUGCCCGACAAUCUCAAACAACUUUUUAGACCUGUUGCUAUGACUCGGCCUGAUAAUGAACUCAUUGCAGAAGUGAUUUUAUAUUCAGAAGGUUUCAAAGAUGCAAAAACUCUGGGAAGAAAAUUAGUGGAUAUUUUUAAUUUAGCAAGGGAACUCUUGACACCUCAGCAGCAUUAUGAUUGGGGCUUGCGAGCACUGAAGACUGUUCUGAGGGGAUGUGGGAACCUUCUUCGACAGCUGAAAAAAAAUGGAAUGAAAGAGACAGUUAAUGAAAGCCAUAUUGUAGUCCAAGCACUGCGACUCAAUACGAUGUCAAAGCUUACAUUUGCAGAUUGUGCACGGUUUGAUGCGUUAGUCAGAGAUGUCUUUCCUGGUAUUGAUUUCAAGGAUGUAGAUUAUGCAGAGCUAAAUAAUGCUUUACGAGAAGUCUUUGAGGAGGCCAAUUUGGAAAUUAUAUCUACUCAGAUCAAGAAAGUUUUGGAAUUGUAUGAGCAACUACGCCAGAGGAUGGGGGUAGUUAUUGUAGGCCCAAGCGGUGCAGGCAAAUCAACCCUCUGGAGAAUGUUGAGGGCUGCACUUGGGAAAGUUGGCAAAGUAGUGAAACAAUAUACCAUGAACCCCAAAGCUAUGCCUCGCCGCCAGUUACUAGGCCAUAUAGACAUGGACACCAGAGAAUGGUCUGAUGGUGUGCUUACAAACAGCGCUCGACAAGUGGUACGUGAACCAGCAGAUGUUACUUCAUGGAUAAUAUGUGAUGGUGACAUAGAUCCCGAGUGGAUUGAGUCCUUGAAUUCUGUCCUUGAUGACAACCGUCUACUUACUAUGCCCAGUGGAGAAAGAAUUCAGUUUGGCCCAAAUGUGAACUUCGUUUUUGAAACCCAUGAUUUGAGUUGUGCUUCUCCUGCCACAAUAUCUCGAAUGGGGAUGAUCUUCCUAAGUGAUGAAGAUACUGAUCUUAAUUCACUGAUAAAAUCCUGGCUGAGGAACCAACCCGAAGAAUGCAGACAAAAUCUUGAAAACUGGAUUGGGGAUUAUUUUGAGAAAGCUCUAAAUUGGGUCCUAAAACAGAAUGACUAUGUGGUGGAAACAAGUUUGGUUGGAACAGUGAUGAAUGGUUUGUCUCAUCUUCAUGAGUGCACUGAACGUGGACAAUUUAUAAUCAGCCUGAUAAGAGGACUGGGUGGAAAUCUCAACAUGAAAUCACGGCAGGAAUUUACAAAAGAGGUGUUUGCUUGGGCACGUGAGUCUCCACCGAAUCCCAACAAACCAUUGGACACCUAUUAUGAUCCAGAUACUGAACGCCUAAUGUCAUACCAAUUGAAAAAGCCUGAAAACCUGACUGCUGAUGAUUUCAGCAAUGUCCAGACUCUUCCAGUCAUUCAAACGCCUGAUAUGCAAAGAGGCUUGGAUUACUUUAAACCUUGGCUAGGCUUUCAUAGUAAGCAGCCAUUUCUUCUUGUUGGGCCUGAAGGAUGUGGAAAAGGAAUGCUGCUUCGUUAUGCCUUUUCCCAGCUUCGGUCCACUCAAAUUGCCACAGUUCACUGCAGCGCACAGACUACAUCUCGACAUCUGCUCCAAAAAUUAAGCCAGACAUGCUUGGUGAUCAGCACCAAUACUGGGCGUGUAUACAGGCCAAAGGAUUGUGAAAGACUGGUUUUAUACUUAAAGGAUAUCAAUUUGCCCAAACCGGAUAAAUGGGGGACGAGCACACUUGUGGCUUUCCUGCAGCAGGUGCUGACGUAUCAGGGAUUUUACGAUGAAAAUCUUGAAUGGGUGGGGUUAGAAAACAUCCAGAUUGUGGCUUCCAUGUCUGCUGGGGGAACACUGGGAAAGCAUAAACUUACUUCCAGGUUUACUUCUAUUGUCCGUCUGUGUGCAAUUGAUUAUCCGGAAAGAGAUCAGCUGCAAACAAUUUAUAGUGCAUAUUUAGAACCUGUUCUACACAAGAACCUAAAGAAUCAUCCUGCUUGGGGAUCUUUGGCGAAAAUCCAUCAGUUGGCAGGAUCUAUGGUUCAAGUAUAUGAGCAGAUUCGAGCAAAAUUCACAGUAGAUGACCAUAGCCACUACCUAUUCACACCAUGCAUUCUUACUCAGUGGGUUCUAGGAUUGUUCAGAUAUGAUUUAGCAGGAGGGUCAUCAACACACACGGUAGAUACUGUUUUGGAAAUUGUUGCUUAUGAAGCCCGCCGUCUCUUUCGUGACAAAAUUGUUGGAUCCAAGGAACUUCAUGUAUUUGAUAAUAUUUUGAUGAAAGUUUUUCAAGGAGAUUGGGGUUCAGAUAUUUUGGACAACAUGGCAGAUAGUUUCUAUGUAACAUGGGGAGCUCGUCAUGAACUAGGAACCACUAUGGCCCCAGGACAAACAUUGCCAUCCCAUGGAAGGCCACUUGGCAAACUUAACUCAGCAGACCUAAAAGAUGUCAUCAAAAAGGGCAUUAUUCACUAUGGGCGUGAUAACCACGAAAUAGAAAUUUUGCUGUUCCCAGAAGUCCUUGAUUAUGUCUCUAGAAUCGACAGAGUACUGAGUUUUCCUGGAGGGUCGCUUCUAUUAGCAGGCCAAAGUGGAGUGGGCCGUCGAACUGUUACUUCAUUGGUUAGUCACAUGCAUGGAGCUGUUCUCAUUACACCCAAAAUUUCCAGAGGCUAUGAAAUGAAGCAGUUUAAAAAUGAUUUGAAACAUGUGAUGCAGCUUGCGGGAAUUGAAGCUCAACAUGUUGUGUUGUUGCUUGAGGACUAUCAGUUUGUCCAAUCCACAUUUCUUGAGAUGAUCAACAGCUUACUAUCGUCAGGUGAGGUUCCUGGCUUGUACACAAUAGAAGAAUUAGAGCCACUCCUGUCUCCUCUGAAAGAUCAAGCAUCACAAGAUGGAUUUACAGGACCAGUUUUUAACUAUUUCACUUACAGAAUUCAACAGAACCUUCAUGUUGUGUUGAUUAUGGAUUCUACUAAUCUGAACUUCACAAUAAAUUGCGAAAGUAAUCCUGCCCUUCAUAAGAAAUGUCAGGUCCUCUGGAUGGAGAGUUGGUCUGAAAACAGUAUGAAAAAGAUACCUGAAAUGUUGUUUAUUGAAUCAGAUGAAAAAGAAAAAACUAAAACAUCAAAGGAACGCAGAAAGAAGAAUUCUGGUGAUUCUGAGUUCCUGAAGUCAUUUUUGAUGAUCCAUGACUCAUGUAAACCCUAUGGAGCUACGCCCAGAAGAUACUUGACUUUCCUGCAUAUGUAUCGUGCCAUCCAUAAUGGCAAAAGAGCAGAGCUGAUAAAAAGGCAAAGCCAUUUGCAGGCUGGAGUAGCUAAACUGAAUGAAGCAAAAGCUCUUGUUGAUGAAUUGAACAGGAAAGCUGAAGAACAAAGUAUAUUGCUGAAAAUGAAGCAAGGUGAAGCUGAUGCUGCGCUCCAAGAAAUUACUGUUUCUAUGCAGGAUGCAAGUGAACAGAAAUCAGAAAUGGAGAAAAUAAAACAAAAAAUAGCGCAAGAAGUUGUAAAAAUUGAAGAAAGAAAAACGAUAAUUGAGGAUGAACUGAGAGAGGUUCAGCCGCUGGUUAAUGAAGCUAAGCUAGCCGUUGGAAAUAUCAAACCAGAAUCUCUGUCAGAAAUCCGCUCCCUGCGUAUGCCACCAGACAUAAUUAGAGAUAUACUAGAGGGUGUCUUACGGUUGAUGGGCAUCUUUGAUACAUCAUGGGUGAGCAUGAAGAGUUUUCUUGCCAAAAGAGGUGUGAGGGAAGAUAUUGCAACCUUUGAUGCUCGAAAUAUUCCAAAGGAAAUCCGUGAGAGUGUGGAAGAACUUCUAGCUAAAAAUAAGGGAUCUUUUGAUCCAAAGAAUGCUAAAAGGGCCAGUACUGCAGCAGCACCCUUAGCUGCAUGGGUUAAAGCCAAUGUUCAAUAUUCUUAUGUCCUGGAACGAAUUCAACCUCUGGAAACUGAACAGGCAGGCCUUGAAGCUAAUCUUAGGAAAACAGAAGACAGAAAAAAGAAGCUAGAAGAUAUGGUUAAUUCAGUUGGUGAAAGGGUUGCAGAAUUAAGAGAUAGGUUCCAGGCCAGAACAAGUGAGGCAGCUAAGCUUGAAGCAGAAGUUGCUAAAGCACAAGAGACAGUGAAAGCUGCAGAAAUAUUGAUCAAACAACUUGAUAGGGAGCAUAAGAGAUGGAACUCACAGGUUUCAGAGAUAGCAGAUGAAUUGAGCACACUGCCAAUGAGAGCUCAACUGUCUGCUGCAUUCAUUACUUAUCUUUCUGCUGCGCCUGAAGAUCAAAGAAAAGCAAGUUUGGAUUCAUGGACAAAAUCAGCUAAUCUGGAAAAAUUUGAUCUUAUGCGAUUCCUGAGCACAGAGAGUGAGCAAUUGAUUUGGAAAAGUGAAGGGUUGCCCUCGGAUGAUCUGUCCAUAGAAAAUGCCCUUGUGAUUUUACAGAGUAAAGUUUGCCCAUUUUUGAUAGACCCAUCUUCCAGAGCUACUGAAUGGCUGAAAACUCAUUUGAAAGAGUCACGCUUGGAAAUCGUCAACCAACAGGAUGCCAACUUCAUUAACGCUCUUGAGCUGGCUGUGCGAUUUGGGAAAACUCUCAUUAUACAGGAAAUGGAUGGAGUGGAACCUGUGCUUUAUCCAUUGCUCAGAAAGGACCUUGUUGCACAAGGUCCUCGAUACGUUGUACAAAUUGGUGACAAAAUAAUUGACUAUAACGAAGAAUUCCGCCUGUUUCUAUCAACCCGAAACCCAAAUCCUGACAUUCCGCCCGAUGCAGCUUCCAUUGUUACGGAGGUUAACUUUACAAUAACACGGAGUGGCUUAAGAGGGCAGCUUCUAGCUUUGACUAUUCAACAUGAAAAACCAGAUUUGGAAGAACAGAAGACAAAAUUGUUACAGCAGGAAGAAGAUAAGAAGAUACAAUUAGCAAAACUUGAAGAAUCACUUUUGGAGACACUUGCAACCUCUCAGGGAAAUAUACUUGAAAAUAAAGAUCUGAUUGAAUCCUUGAAUCAGACAAAAGCAAGUAGUGCUCUAAUCCAAGAAUCACUUGUUGAAUUUCAUAGACUUCAGAUUUCUCUCGAUCAGGAAAGGGACGCCUAUCUCCCUCUGGCAGAAAGUGCCAGCAAGAUGUACUUUAUUAUCUCUGACUUGUCCAAAAUUAAUAACAUGUACCGCUUUAGCUUGGCUUCUUUCCUAAGACUUUUUCAAAGGGCCCUACAAAGUGAACUGGACUUGGGAAAUACAGAGGAAAGAAUCAAGUCUCUUAUCAGCUCCUUAAAACACAUGGUAUAUGAAUAUGUCUGUCGCUGUUUGUUUAAGGCUGAUCAACUGAUGUUUGCAUUGCAUUUUGUGAAAGGCAUGCAUCCUGAACUUUUUCAAGAUAAUGAAUGGGACACAUUUACGGGUGUGAUCAUUGGAGACAUGUUACGAAAAUCUGAUUCCCAAAAAAGCAUUAGAGACCAGAUUCCUUCUUGGAUUGAACAGGAAAGAGCAUGGGCGGUAGCAACUCUAAAGAUCUCUCUUCCAAACCUGUAUCAGACCAUUUGCUUUCAAGAUGCACCUCUAUGGCAGAUUUUCUCACGGAGUUCAAUGUGUGAACAAGAUUUUCCGUCUAUUAUUGCAAACAGAAUCUCACUCUUCCAACAGGUCCUUGUGGUUCAAGCUGUCAGGCCAGAUAGACUACAGAGCGCAAUGGCCCUUUUCGCAUGUAAAGCUCUGGGGAUCAAAGAGUUGUCACCUCCUCCACUGAAUCUGAAACGCUUGUAUAAAGAAACGCUAGAAAUUGAACCUAUCUUGAUCAUUAUUUCUCCUGGUGCUGAUCCUUCUCAGGAAUUACAAGAACUUGCAAGUGUUGAAAGAAAUGGGGAGUGCUACCAUCAGGUUGCUAUGGGCCAGGGCCAAGCUGAUCUAGCUAUUCAGACUGUAAAAGAAUGUGCACGAAAUGGAGAAUGGCUCUGCUUGAAGAAUUUGCAUCUGGUUGUGUCAUGGCUUCCCAUAUUAGAAAAGGAACUGAAUAAUCUGCAACCCCAGCCUGGUUUUCGUCUUUGGCUGACUGCUGAAGUCCAUUCUAAAUUUUCUCCUAUUUUGCUUCAAUCAAGUUUGAAGAUAACAUAUGAGGCACCUCCAGGCCUGAAAAAGAACUUACUGCGAACUUAUGAAUCCUGGAGUCCAGAGCAAAUUAGCAAAAAAGGGAAUUUGUCUCGAGCCCAUGCUCUCUUUAGCCUGGCUUGGUUUCAUGCUGCAUGUCAAGAAAGAAGAAAUUACAUCCCUCAGGGCUGGACCAAAUUUUAUGAAUUUUCUUUAUCUGAUCUUCGUGCAGGGUAUGACAUUAUUGACAGACUCUUUGAAGGCGCCAAAGAUUUUCAGUGGGAAUUCGUGCAUGGUUUAUUGGAAAAUGCUAUUUAUGGAGGUCGUAUAGAUAAUUACUUUGAUAUGAGAGUCCUUAGAUCAUACCUGGAACAGUUUUUUAAUUCCAGAGUCAUUGCUGACUCAAAUUUCCGGGGCAAGAAGAUGAGCAGAUUUCCAUAUUCCAUCACUCUCCCUAGCUCCUGCAAUAUAUUGGAUUACCGUCAUGUUAUUGAAAGUCUUCCAGAAGAUGAUAAACCUGAUUUCUUCGGCUUGCCUGCCAACAUUGCUCGCUCAUCUCAACGAAUGACCAGUUCUCUAGUAAUUUCACAGCUUCGGAUCUUGAGCAGGUCUGUAACUGCUGGCUGCAAAUUUGACAGGGAAAUCUGGUCUAAUGAGCUUUCUCCAGUCCUCAAUCUAUGGAAGAAGCUUAAUCAGAAUUCAAAUCUGAUUCAUCAGAAGGUGUCCCCUCCUUCUGAGCGUCAAGGAUCUCCAAUCCUUUCAUUCAUUAUUCUUGAACAGUUCAAUGCCAUUCGCUUGGUUCAGAGUAUUCAUCUGUCUCUUGCUGCUCUCAGUAAAGUCAUCAGAGGAACCUCGCUGUUGAGUUCAGAAGUACAACAACUAGCAAGUGCUUUGCUAAACCAAAAGUGCCCCGUAACAUGGCAGAGCAAAUGGGAAGGCCCAGAAGAUCCUUUGCAAUAUCUCAGAGCUGUUGUAGCACGAGCACAUGCUAUCCAGAAUUGGGUGAGUAAAGCAGAAAAGCAGAUCUUGCUCUCAGAUACCCUCGACCUCUCAGAACUCUUCCACCCUGACACAUUUCUGAAUGCCUUACGACAAGAGACCGCAAGGGUGAUGGGCUGUUCAGUAGACAGCCUAAAAUUUACAGCAUCUUGGAAAGGUCAGAUACGAGCAGCAAAGCUCCAAGUUCAGAUCAGUGGCCUUCAACUGGAAGGCUGUAGUUUUGAUGGAAAUCGACUUUCAGAAAACCAGCAUGAUUCUCCCAGUGUGUCAUCCGUGCUCCCUUGUUACAUGGCCUGGAUUCCACAGAAUGCUUAUGGGUCCUAUUCUCCUGAUGAAUGCAUCUCUUUGCCAGUUUACACCAGUGCUGAGAGGGAUUGCGUGGUAACAAACAUUGAUGUUCCAUGUGGAGGCAGCCAAGAUCAGUGGAUCCAGUGUGGAGCUGCUUUAUUUUUGAAAAAUCAGUAAGAAGAAGGAAGGCUAUAAAUGUUCUUGCUGCUA